GGCCCCGGGGCGGGCGGUGCUCGGCACGGGACGGCGGGCCCAGCCAGCUCCUCCGCCGCGUGCUGCUGCUUAGCGCUGUCCUCGUGGCAGAACCGGCUUCUGCUUCCUUCCGCCAGGACGGAGCCCAGAUGGCUCUUUACCCAGAGACAAAACCGAGGCAAGGUUGAAACUCAGCUGGAAACUCGAGAUCUGUGUGUCACAGAGGUGGUUUGGUGUUCCGCCAAACCGCGGCGCUGGGGAGAAGCUGGGGACAGCCGGUACCGAUGACAGCUGGUACUUGCUAACGCGGAGACCGAAAAGGCACGCUUGUGCAGCCUGCUGAAAGCCAGCGGCGCGCAGGCUUUACGGAGCGCAGGAAACGUGGAGCGCUGGCGGAGCCGGCGGCUGCAACCAUUGCGGCUGCUCUGCAGUCACGUGCCUGGCCCCAGCAUAAACACCGAGGGCUGCGAGCUUGGGAAUGCCCGUGAGAGGGAGCGGAAGGCGAACGCCGAGAACCAGGCUGGGAACUUGGCCUUGAAAAUGAAUAAAUUGGCAGCAGGGCGCUCGGCCUGAUGCUCCAUGCUAAAACUGCAAAUAUCGCUCCCAGGGUUGAAGAGUACUUGGAAUGAAAAGGGAUUGAUCGUAGGCACUGCUCUGCCUCCAAGGCCGUGCAGAGGAAGGUCUGCAAGCUAUACUGGAAGGCCUUCAUCAGUCCUGAGCGCUGAGCUAUACUGCAGCGGGUUCUGUUUCUGUAAGCAGAGCAGCGUCAUAAGCUGCAUGUUAACGUAUAACUAGUAAACAGCUGUACUGAGCUUUGUCUUUCUAUAAGUAAAACGUAACUGGGAACUAACUCCGGAACCCCAGACUUCCUACAUACCUAACUGCACGAGGAAACAGAGCCAUUUGCCCAUUCACUGAAAUCUUGUUUACCCUAAGCUGCCUUCUAAUUUUGACCCAGGCCUGUGGUGUGACCUCCAGAGGCAAAGCUACUUUGCAGAAUGUCAUUUGCCAAGCGCAUGGGGGCAAUUUAAGAUUACAGUUUCAUUCUUAUACCUUCAAUUUGACUAGUUCAUGGGAUUUUUACCUGAGAAUAGGGAAGGGCCAGUAACAGUCAUGCCAGAAAUGCAAUCUGACUAGGGAAAAGAAUGAGGUUUCUGGGCAGAGCUUGUAUGUAGACAGUGUGUAGUACUAGUAAGUGCCAUCUUCUUCCCCAACUGUUCUCCUUAUCACAUUGAAGGACUGAACUGAGCAAAAACACCGAAGAGAUAAUUCUUAGCAGUUAUCUGUUGUGAAACAUCAAAACUGAGGAUCUGAAAAUGCCUGUGAAAAGACUUCAUUUAUGUUUCUGCGACAAGAGCUGCCUGUAAGAUUAGCAAACAUAAUGAAGGAAAUAAGUCUGCUUCCAGACAAUCUUCUCAGAACACCUUCAGUUCAGCUGGUGCAGAGUUGGUAUGUCCAAAGUCUUCAGGAGAUCCUUGACUUUAAAGACAAAAGUUCGGAAGAUUCGGGGGCUAUUCACAGUUUUACAGAUACCGUGAUAAAAAUACGCAAUCGACACAACGAUGUAAUUCCUACUAUGGCUCAAGGAGUAAUAGAGUACAAGGAAAGCUUUGGCAUUGAUCCAGUGACCUCACAGAAUGUGCAGUAUUUUUUAGACCGUUUCUACAUGAGUCGGAUUUCAAUUAGAAUGCUCCUUAAUCAACACUCUUUACUGUUUGGUGGGAAAAUUAAUCCAGCUCAUCCUAAACACAUUGGAAGCAUUGAUCCUAGCUGCAAUGUUGUUGGAGUUAUUAGAGAUGGUUAUGAAAGUGCCAAGAGUCUUUGUGAUUUGUAUUAUAUGAGCUCUCCAGAACUUGUCCUAGAAGAGUUGAAUAUUAAAUCACCAGGACAGCCCAUGCAAGUGGUGUAUGUGCCGUCCCACCUCUAUCACAUGGUUUUCGAACUUUUCAAGAAUGCAAUGAGAGCCACCAUGGAACAUAAUGCUGAUCGAUGCAUUUAUCCUCCAAUUCAUGUACAUGUCACCUUGGGAAAUGAGGAUUUAACUGUUAAGAUGAGUGAUCGUGGCGGAGGUGUUCCUAUGAGGAAAAUUGACAGACUAUUCAACUAUAUGUAUUCAACAGCACCACGUCCACGUGUUGAGACAUCCCGAGCUACACCUUUGGCUGGAUUUGGUUAUGGCUUGCCCAUAUCACGCCUGUACGCACAAUACUUCCAAGGCGACCUGAAACUGUAUUCCUUAGAAGGUUAUGGCACAGAUGCAGUUAUUUACAUCAAGGCCUUAUCAACAGAAUCAAUCGAAAGACUCCCUGUGUAUAAUAAAGCAGCCUGGAAACAUUAUAAAGCAAACCAUGAAGCAGAUGACUGGUGUGUGCCAAGCAGUGAGCCAAAGGACAUGACUACUUUUCGCAGUACAUAGCUUUUUGCUCGACAGUUCCUAAGAUGUAUGUGUGUCAUGUGAAGAGAAUUUAAAAGACCCGGUUUAUAUCAAGAUGCUGAGCCGUGUUUGAUCUGUGAAAAUCAUUCUAAGGGGAAUAACAAAGCUUAAAUCUAUUACUUUCUUCCCUGGGAUUUAAGGAAAAAGUAAUAAGCUGUUCAUUCUUUUUACAAAGGUCAUGCUUAAUUUGUUCCACCUUCUAUUAAUGACUACUUUCUGUAGUUAAAUCAAGGGAGCAGUACUUUCAAGUUUUAUAGAGACCAAUGUAACCUAUUUCAUAUCUACUGAGAAACGUAUUAGGUCCUAUGAUUACAAAAUUUUUUUAAUGGAACUAUUGAAAAAGCUUGCCAGAGUAUUUUUCCAUUAUACAGUGUUAGAAGAUUACUGAAGCACUCAUUUAAGAAAUAUUAAGGAGCUUAUUGCUGUACCUUUGCACCUGUAUGGAGCUUUCUAUUUCUUGAUCUUAAGUAUGCUGAAGCCUAAUUUUGCAAAGUUAGAAAUGUUAUCUACACACUACACAUUUUUUUUCACAGCUUUAGAAACCACACAUACGUCCUUAGGAAUAAUAAUUAGAAAAAAAAAAAAAUCAGUUCUAGCUGCUACCACUGCUAUAAUGUAUCUCAGGUAGGUGGUAUCAGUAGUAUUUCUUUGGUGGUAAUGUGAAUAUUUAAUGCGUGAUAAACUUACCUUUCCUUGAUCAUUGUGAAUUAGAGAGUAGUGUUUGCUUGUGUACAGUAAAGGUAUGCUGUCUUACAUUUGCUCAUAUUUCUGUAGGUAAUACCAAACCACAGUAUCAGUGUUUUAGCCCUAGUGAGAUCUCAGACUCUGGGGUAUGUCAGGUUACAGCUGUAAAUUAAAAAUAUUUUUUAAUAAACAGAUUUUUAAAAUUUACUGUUAGUAGGGAAUCUCUAUUACUUGGACAGUGGAAACUACUUUCUCAGGAGAAUUUUAAAAAAUAUGGAAUUAGCAGGUUUUGAAAAUACCUUUGUAGUCGUGGUGGGCUUCUGGCUUCAUUUAUCUAGUAGCUUGAGGUCAUACUAUAAUGCAAAUAAGCUAAGCAGAAUGUGUUCAUCAGGCUAAGGCAAACUGUCAAAACACACUGGGGAUGACCAAGCAUUACAUUUCAGGUACACAGUCCUUCAAUAAGGGAUUCAGCUUCUUUUAAUGGCUAGUGUUCCAGCUUUGUUGAAGUCAGACUCAUCUGUGUUGUAUUUUUAUAUCAUUUCUGAGCAUUUUAGGAGUGAAACAGUUAAAGACCUUUAGAAUUAAGCCUUUUCCCUCAGGUAACUCAUUGCAUAUACUCCUGCAAUUUAGUCAUGCGGCAGACGUGCAUAAUUGCUCUCAGAAAGAGUGAGCCUAAAUUUUACUAGGUUAUUUGCACUGUGCAGAGCACAAGGUGAGAUACCACAAGUGAAGGGCAUAGCUGGUACAUGAGAACUUGCAGUCGCACUGUUCUAGAUGUAGCUGAGCCAGGCUAAAGAUUAUCACCUGCUACUCCCUAGUCUCAAUCUGCCAAACAAUAAAAUGCUUUUAUACUCUCUUCAAACUAACAUGGGUCACUUUAACAGGAGGAAGUUGCAGAAUGGCUACAUAUGUAGUUAAACUGGCACUCUGAGGGUGGAUUACUUAAUCAACUGGAAUAGAACAGUUAACUGCUCCACUCAAGCUUGGGGGCGCUUAGGUUCCUGUUUUAUUUUCUUACAAGGACAUGAGUUCAUGACUGAAAUCUCUUUCAGUCUGCAUGGCUGAAGUGAGGGGAAGGUACAGCUGCUCUCUUCAACCCUGUAAGAAGAUGAAUGUGAGAAAUUCUACAUAUUGUAAAAUGGGCUUUAUACAAAAGUUAGAGGGAGUGUUUGCAGCUAUUACAUUUGUUGAACUAAAGCUUAAAGUUACAGCAGCAGCUUUUAAAAACUCGGCUCUGAAGCUGAACAUUCUUCUAGCUCUCUUGCUGUUUUAAAUAUUUGAAUAACUAAACUGAGCAAUUUUAGUUUCUUCUGGUUCCCAGAUAUUACAGUUCUGAGGAAAUCAGUUUUUUUCCUAUGAAGUUGUUUAAACAUUUCAUAUGGUAUUGAAAUAAAAGCCCUUUCAUGCUCUCAGCUAGCUACCAAUUGAAUUCUGAUUAUUAGAAAGACUUGCUCUGUAAUUAUACUUGUCUCUCCUUAUCCAACACCCCAAGUGAUUGUGGUAAAAAAACAAAUGUAGCAGUGUAUUGCUUUACAGUGUUUAACCCUACUCAUAAGUUUGAUCUGUUAGUUUUGAUUUAAAUAGAAUUUUAGAGGUUGAUUUUUUGUUUAACAUUUUCAUUGCUGUACUGCAGUCAGCAUUAGCACAGUUUGUAGUGAAGUAGUAUACUAGCUCAGCUAUCAAAGUGCUGAGAUUAAUAGUUUUGUAUGAAAGUGAGCUCAGUCUUGCACUGUAAAAUUAAUCUUGGUUUGUGUUAAUUUUUUUUGAAAAAAUCACUACAUUCAUUAAAAACAUUUUAAAAAUUA